AUGCUCGGCUUCUCCAAACUCAAGCGGGACUUCCCGUGGGUCCAGUUCCCGCUUAUAUCCAAUGCCCCAAUGGGUGGUAUCGCCACAAGCAAACUUGCAUCCGCGGUGACACGAAGCGGUGGUCUGGGGCAGAUUGGCUUCACGGGCGCCGUUCGAUCGAUGCAAACUGACAUGGAAGAAGCCAAAAAUACGGAAAGGUUCGCCCUCUGGGCACAGGGGAUACGGAAGGCAUCGCCUGAUACAAAGGUCUGGAUACAAGUUGGGAGUGUCAGUACUGCUUUGGAAGCGGCUAAAAUGUGUCAUCCGGACGCACUGGUCUUGCAAGGUAUUGAUGCUGGGGGCCACGGGCAUGAGGAAGGGGCGAGCAUAGUCACACUACUCCCCGAAGUUGCCGAUACGUUACAGGACAAUGGAUUAGACGAUAUCCCUCUUGUUGCUGCAGGCGGAAUAAUGGACGGACGCGGCACAGCAGCGGCAAUAACUCUCGGAGCUGCAGCUGUCGUCAUGGGAACCGGAUUCCUUGGGGCGGAAGAGUGCGAUUUAGAACCAGAGAUUCGCGACGUUGUCUUCCAGGCUUCCGACGGCGGACAAUCCACUGCGAGGUCACGCGUGUGGGAUGAGGUCUGGGGUCCGAAUCCCUGGCCCGAGACCUACAACGGCCGAUGUUUGAAGAACGCCAUCUACGAGAAUAUGGAAAGUGGUCUCAGCAUCGAAGAAGUACGAAUGAAGCUAAGAGAGGACUAUGAGAAGGCUCGGUCUGACCCAACAAAGGUACGGGAUGUCUAUUCCAUGUGGGCCGGGACGGGGAUUGGGAUGGUCAAGAAACUGGAGAAAGCAGCUGAUAUUGUUGGAAGGGUGCAGACGGAGACUACGAAGCUGCUGCGGGAUACUUAUGGAUGCGAUUGA